UAAUUUGAUCUUUUUUAUUUAUUUGAUCAACUGAAACAAGUACGAGAGAGGUUAGAUCGAUACAGAAGAUCAGAUCAAACCAGUUUUUAAUUUGAUCUUAUUGUAAGAAAAGAGAGAACCGCAGUAAAUCUGAGAGCAUGAACGUCCCCGGAAAGCUCAAUUCCUCAAGCUCCGAAUUGGACCUCGAUCGGCCCAACCUCGAGGACUACCUCCAUUCCGGCGCCUCCAUCCAGCAAGAACCCGACGGCAAGCUUCACCUGCGUGAUUUGCUUGAUAUCUCCCCCGCCCUCUCCGAGGCCGCCGGUGCCAUUAUCGAUGACUCGUUUACGCGGUGCUUCAAGUCGAAUCCGCCGGAGCCGUGGAAUUGGAAUGUGUAUUUGUUCCCAUUGUGGUGUUUCGGAGUGGUGAUUCGCUACUUUGUUUUGUUUCCGGCUAGGGUACUGGUCUUGACAAUUGGAUGGAUAAUUUUCCUUUCAGCGUUCAUUCCUGUGCACUCACUACUCAAGGGCCACGACAAGUUGAGGAAAAAUUUAGAGAGGUGUUUGGUGGAGUUAAUUUGUAGCUUCUUUGUUGCAUCUUGGACUGGGGUUGUGAAGUACCAUGGGCCACGGCCUAGUAUGCGGCCAAAGCAGGUUUUUGUGGCCAAUCAUACUUCCAUGAUUGAUUUCAUCAUCCUAGAACAAAUGACAGCAUUUGCUGUAAUUAUGCAAAAGCAUCCUGGAUGGGUUGGAUUGUUGCAAAAAACUAUUUUGGAGAGUGUUGGAUGUAUUUGGUUCAAUCGUUCAGAGGCGAAGGAUCGAGAAAUUGUAGCAAAGAAAUUAAGGGAUCAUGUUGUAGGGCCUGACAAUAACCCUCUUCUUAUCUUUCCCGAAGGAACCUGUGUAAACAAUCACUACACUGUUAUGUUUAAGAAGGGAGCAUUUGAGCUUGACUGCUCAGUUUGCCCAGUCGCAAUCAAGUACAAUAAGAUUUUCGUUGAUGCCUUCUGGAACAGCAGAAAGCAGUCCUUCACAAUGCAUCUCUUACAGCUUAUGACAUCAUGGGCUGUUGUCUGUGAUGUGUGGUAUAUGGAGCCCGAAAAUAUCAGGCCUGGGGAGACUGCUAUCGAAUUUGCAGAGAGGGUUAGGGAGAUCAUUUCUAUUAGAGCAGGACUUAAGAUGGUCCCAUGGGAUGGGUAUCUGAAGUACUCCCACCCUAGCCCAAAGCACAGAGAACGAAAGCAACAAAGCUUUGCAGAAUCUAUGCUCCGACGCCUGGAGGAAAAAUAAUAUGUUUCUAGUCUUAGUCGUUUUAGACUUGUUGCAUGUACUACACUCCAUACUCUUCAUUUGGGUAACUGGUCUAUGAAAAAACACUUAAAUGAUGAUAUAUAAUUAUCUCCCCUGCA